AUGUCUUCUAUUGGGUCUCAAUCGUCGUCUGCCGGGAUAUACAGGGUGGUCUACCCCAGUUUGCUCACUGACUCCAAAGGCCAGUCUCUUUCUUCAGAGCCACGCAAGCUUGAUGCCUUUUGGGUCAUGAGGGAUCGCCUACUUGUCAGCUUUCAUCCUCGAAGGCUGUCGUCGACGUUUGUCUCGCCUCAUUUCCCCUCUGUUGCCUCCCGUCUUACUCGCAACUUGCCCUGGUUCUUCUCCCGAGCUCCAAGGCCCUUUACCGCUCUCAGUGGUGAUAUGGAACCCCCUGGCUCAGGGGAGGCUCAUGACGUGGGCUUCAAAGUCGAGUACAUCCCUCUGGAAGGUGUUGAAAGACUUGAGCGAUAUCGUCCUGGAGGUUACCACCCCGUAGUCAUUGGUGGCUGCCUGCAUGACCGGUACCGCAUUGUGCACAAACUAGGCUUUGGCGCCUACUCGACCACUUGGCUGGCAAGGGAUCAGACAGCCGGCAGAUUUGACUUCAACACACUUUUCCAGAGGGUUAUUAAGUCUAGAAGUGCCUCCGAUGUCAAGAGAAUAUUUUAUAAUAUUAAAAAAAAAGUGCCAACACAACAGCUUCUGUGCUCUAGAUAUAUUCCUUUGUUUCGUGGAACUUUUCCUUCAAUAUGGAUAUCUACAAAACUAAUAUUCCUGUCAGAAUUAGAAGUUUUUGUAUGUCAUAACUCCGAUGUAGUACGAUACAGUGCUAAGCAGAGUUUUGAGGAGAUAUAA